AUUUUUAUUUUUAUUUUUUUCAUGCUUCAAGUUAAACUAAGAGUGGGUACAGAUUUAUCGGAUUUACAAGUAGUAUUACCUUAUGAACCAAUCAAUAUAGAUAGUCCUUAUUUUAAAGGUUAUCUUGAUAUACGAAUCAAAGGAUGGAAUGCUGCUCAGUAUUUUGAAAAUACAGGAAACACAUUUUGUAUUCAUAUUCAUGGAAAAUUUUUAACUGAUGAUACUACAACAGAUGAUAUUCUUUUUGGCAAUCAAUUCGAUUCUCCUUUACAAUUACCUAUAGGAUUCUCUAUUUUAACCAGAUUUGCUCAAUGGUGGGAUCCUGGUUUAGACCUACAUCUCGAUGAACAACAACCUUAUGCUUUUAGUACUUUAAUCGUCACUUUGAACAAAUUAAAUAUUAAUCAAGAUAUUACCAUAUGUGAUCCUGCUGCUGAAUAUGAUGUCGAAGAAAAUACCUCCUUAAUCACUCCUCAAAAAGAAAUCAUCUCUGCCAAAGAAAGACAAUCUUAUUUCAAUCAUCCUAUUCAUCGGCAACAAGUACAAGUCACUCGGGAUCAAAUAUGGUUGGGUGAUUUUUGUAACGGUUAUUUGGACAUGAUGAACGGGUCUAUACAAAUUCCUGGGUUUAGUAUUGAUGCAUUGAAAUACUACAAUGGACAACCUUUACGAUUCAUUUGUAAAAAAAGAGAUAAUUCUGUAAUAUAUUUUAUUAUUGAAUUUGAUAUAUCAAAAUAAAUAAAUAAAUAAAUAAAUCUAAUCGUCAAUCUAAUAUUGGAUAUGCCUUAUUCUUCA